AUGGCGACCGUCGAGAAGCGCGAACCGCGCGAGAAGCUCGACAAGCAGCUCGACAAGCAGCUUGACAAGCUCCCACUUGAGAAGCUCCCCUUCGACAAAGAAAAACUGAAGCAGGAGUUUGAUCUGUCCCACUUCGACUUGAACCAGAUCUUGCGCGGCAUCCAGCUUACACUGGUCGGAGCCCACCGAGCUCUCCAGAACCCUGCUUUGUUCACCUCGGAUCACUACCGUCAAGCCGGCAUCGCCGUGCUGAGUGGCCUCGCCAUCCGCCUCGUCAUCUCCAUUCCCAUCAUUGGCGUCAGGGUUCUUCUUUGGAUUCUCUCGCUGUUCAUGAGUCUGGAUCAUGUUACCUGGGACGAUCAGAUUGUCGGGGGCCUCAACUUCAUUGAGGAAUAUGUCUUGCAGGUCCCCUUCUUUCUGAUGGCCCUGAUGCGCUACGUCACGCCAACCCUUGACAACAUGUUCAUGGACUCGUUGAACUGGGUCGACAAGACGUAUGUCCAAAAGCACAAGAACGAGGACCCCGAUAAACUACGAGACAUGUACUAUCCCAACCUGAGGAUGUACAAGGUCAGUGACGGCAGCACCCACACGACAAGCACGGCAGAGGCCAUCAGCAUGUUCUUGUACCGCUUCGCUCGGAAAGGCGCCAUCUCCCUUGCCGUCUUCGCUCUGUCCUACCUCCCCGUCGUCGGUCGUUUCGUGCUGCCUGCAGCCAGUUUCUAUACAUUCAACAACGCAGUUGGUCUCGGCCCGGCUUCCCUCAUCUUUGGGGCGGGCAUUUUCUUGCCCAAGCGCUACAUUGUCAUCUUCCUGCAGAGCUAUUUCGCCUCGAGGAGUCUGAUGAGAGAGCUGUUGGAGCCCUACUUCUCCCGCGUUCACUUCACCAAGGCGCAGAAGAAGAACUGGUUCCGCAACCGCGAGGGGCUCCUGUUCGGCUUUGCCAUUGGCUUCUACACCAUGAUCAAGAUCCCCCUUGUCGGAGUCUUGAUUUACGGCAUUGCGGAGGCCUCAACGGCGUACCUGAUCACCAAGAUCACGGAUCCUCCCCCGCCUCCCGCCGAGAGGGCUGCCUUUGCCGAGAGCCAGCAGGAGUGGACCAACAAGCAUGAAUUCCUCAACCUGUCGCUCAGCGAUCUGGAUGCCAUCCAUCUCAAGUCUCGCCCAGCGAAUCCCACAGGAGAUGCCCAGAAACAUCAGUAA